CAUCUUGCUAUCUUCCACCUUCCCAGCCCUGCAGAGGCCAGUGCAGGCAGUGCCUCAUGGGACUGUCAUUUGUCAUCCAUUUUCGUCAUGCAGAUCCAGGAAACUCUUUGUUUAUCAGAAGUACUGCGUGUGAAAAUCGUCCCGUUAAGGCAUGUCCAAUGCACCGACCAAACUUUGUUCCAAAACAGGCUGUGACAAAGUACGAUCAAUGGCUCCAAAAGGACGUUGCUGCAAACUUACUUUACUGCUCUUUUACUCUCUUGCAUAUAUGCUGACGUCGAACAUGAUCGAUGAAGAAGAUAUAAUGACCGUAAACCCCAUCACAUCAUUUGCAAAGGAAUUCAUUAUAGAUCUGGUUUCAUCCUUUACUCUUUGCCUACUUCACUUUACACUAGCACAGCUAUCUCCUCAUGAGCUUCUCGGCAUUUUUGGCCAGUACGGUGUGUCUGGCCUCAUGUGCCGCUUCGUUGUGCUAGACGUCUGAUUAGGCUGUGGCCUUUAUCAGCCGCGACAAGCCUAUUCACGGAAGAUUUCUUUGUGAUCGUUUUU